ACAAUGCGGGCCGCAACAAUGGGCUGUCUCCGCGGAGAUCCUCGAAGGGCGAGCCCGCGAGCACAGCCCGCGCCAUCCCCCCUCUCGGACGCUGCCAAAAUUCCUCAGUGCCGCCGCCAGCUCCCCCUGGACGGGCGGAAGAUGUCGUCGCCGUCGCUACCGUCGCGUGCGGGGCCGGAGAGCUCCUCCGAGGUCGAGGCGCGCGACAGCUUCCCCUGCUGCCGCGACCACCUGGACCUGGUGGGCGCCGCGCUGGCCAGCAAGUCCUCCGUCAGGAUCGACGUCGACUCCUCCACCGCCGACCUCUCCCUCCCAGGCGGCUCGCCGGACAAGAUCUGCCGCAUCUGCCACGGGGACAGCCCCGUGGAGGGACUGCGGUCGCUGUGCCGCUGCCGGGGCACCGUGGGGCUGGUGCACAAGGAGUGCCUGGAGGCGUGGCUGUCCGCGUCCGGCUCUGCCCGCUGCGAGCUGUGCGGCUUCCAGUUCGAGCUGAGCCGCGUGCCGCGCCACCGGCUGGCGCGCGCCUUCUGGCUGUGGGUCACCACCGAGGCCGACCGCACCCAGCUGCUGGUGGACCUGGUGUGGUUCUGCCUGAUGACGCCGUUCGCGGCGCUGUCCGGCUACCUCAUCUACCGCUCGCUGCACCGCUACAAGGAGCUGAUGCGCGUGGACGGCGCGCCCCUGGCGGCGCCCGAGCGCAACGAGCCCACCAUGGUGAACCUGGUGCUGCUCAUGUCGUGCCUCACGCUCGCCGUGUACUACGCGUGGGCCGUGGCCAUCGUGCAGUACCACGCGCGCUGGUGGUACCGCUGGUGGCUGACCACGUUCGUGGUGACCGUGGUGGAGCCGCCCGACGCCGCGCCGCCCGACGAGCCGGCCUGACGUCCGCCCCCCGCCCCCAAAUCCCCGUCGAACACUCCCUCCGAGCGCCUCCACCACCCCUACGACAUGCCCUCACGCAUUCAACAACUCAUUAAAAAAUUAUAAUACCGAAA